UAGUUUUGUUGUUGUGCUGCUGACUUCCGCUUCGUACAGCGAGGAGCUAACUUUAAUAAAUGUGCCGCUAAACUAUUUUAUGUUACAGGCACUGGCAUAUAGUUAAUGUGCAGACAUUUCUUAAACCGGAGACAGCUAUGUCGUUAUACGAUGAGAUCGGUGUGGGUGCGAGUGACACCAAGACUGAAGGCUGGUCCAAGAACUUCAAGCUGCUGCAGUCCCAGCUGAAAGUGAAGAAGGCUGCUCUGACCCAGGCCAAGACCCAGCGGAUGAAGCAGAGCUCGGUCUUGGCUCCGGUUAUUGAUCUAAAGAGAGGAGGCUCCAUUGAUGAAAGACAGAUCAUAGACACUCCUCCACAUGCUGCCGCUGGACUUAAGGACACCGUGCCCAGUGGUUUCUCCUCUAGCGAUGCGCUGAUCCCGUUGGCGGAUGAGUACGAUCCAAUGUUCCCAAACGACUACGAGAAGGUGGUAAAGCGACACAGAGAAGAGCGUCAGAGACAGAGGGAGCUGGAGCGGCAGAAGGAGAUCGAUGAUAGAGAAAAGAAGAGGAAAGACAGGCACGAGGGAGGAGCUCCGAGUGGCUUCUCUCGAUUCCCUGCAGCGGAGGGCGAGUCAGAUGAGGAGGAAGACUAUGAAGCAGAGCGGAGGAAAAGAACUUUAGGUGGAGCAGCCAUCGCCCCUCCAUCUUCACUCGUGGACAAGGACGGCUCCUACUGCUACGAAGAGGAAGUUCGUCCCCCAAGAGGCUCAAAGGCCGCCAUCCCUCCCCCGAUGUAUGAAGAGUCAGAGCGAGCGCGCUCACCACCCGGACCCACCAGCUCCUUCCUCGCUAACAUGGGAGGUACGGUGGCCCAUAAGAUCAUGCAGAAGUAUGGAUUCAAAGAGGGCCAGGGCCUGGGGAAGCACGAGCAGGGCCUCAGCACGGCGCUGUCUGUGGAGAAGACGAGCAAGAGAGGAGGAAAGAUCAUCAUCGGAGACGCUGCAGAAAAACCAGGCUCCAGCCAGGCAGGUGCUCCUGAGACUUCAGGAGGAGGCUUUUCAGGGGACAAUGUCAAGAAGUCAGAUGCCAACCCGCUCACAGAGAUCCUAAAAAACCCCACCAAAGUUGUCCUGCUCAGGAACAUGGUGGGCAGAGGAGAGGUGGACGAAGACUUGGAGGGAGAGACGAAAGAAGAGUGCGAGAAAUACGGCAAAGUGGUUAGAUGUGUCAUUUUUGAGAUCGCAGUUGUGCCAGAUGAGGACGCUGUCCGGAUAUUUCUGGAGUUUGAGAGGGUGGAGUCAGCCAUCAAAGCCGUGGUGGAUCUGAACGGACGUUAUUUCGGCGGGCGAAUCGUCAGGGCCUGCUUUUACAAUCUAGACAAAUUUCGGGUUUUGGACCUCGGUGAGCAGGUGUGACGUCUCAUCUUCUCACAACGUGUACAUAAACUUUUUUUUAUAUUUUCUGAACAACAGUGACCUGUCAGUAUGUAGUGGUGAUUCCGUCUUGUAGGUUAAUAUCAUUAAAAAUACCUUUAUGUUGAGACAAAAUAAAGAGUAUGAACGAC